AUGAACUUGCCAAGAGCUGAGCGACUUCGCUCCACACCUCCGCGCAGCCUCCGGGGCUCCGAUAGGGAAGACGGUGCGAUCGAUAUCCUGGGAGAGGAGGAAGAUGAAGGAGAGGAGGAGGAAGAGGAAGACGAGGAACCGGAGGGAAGCCAGCGGCUUCUAGAGCAGCUGCACCAGCCGGAGCCGCAGAAGGCGCGGCGCGGCACGGGCGCGGGUGCGCUUCCCGGAGAGCGCACCGAGAGCGGCGGCGGCGGCCCAAGCGACUCCUCCGAGUUUGGCCCCAAGUUCGGGGCACCGACGGGGUCUACGGCGGCCUCUGCGGGCGCCCCGCAGCCGGCGAAGCCCCCCUACUCAUACAUCGCGCUCAUCACCAUGGCCAUUCUGCAGAGCCCACACAAGCGCCUCACGCUCAGCGGCAUCUGCGCCUUCAUCAGUGGCCGCUUCCCUUACUACCGCCGCAAGUUCCCCGCCUGGCAGAACAGCAUCCGCCACAACCUCUCGCUCAACGACUGCUUCGUCAAAAUCCCCCGGGAGCCGGGACACCCUGGCAAGGGCAACUACUGGAGCCUGGACCCCGCCUCCCAGGACAUGUUCGACAACGGCAGCUUCCUUCGGCGCAGGAAGCGCUUCAAGCGCCACCACCCGCCUCCGGGAGCCCACCUGCACCACCCCUUCCCCCUGCCCGCUGCGCCCACCGCCCUGCAUGCCCCCUACCCGGGCAUGCUGCUCGGGCCCCCGGCCCCGCCGCAGCCUGUCCCGGGGGCCUAUCCCGCCUCCACUCCCGGGAGCCGCCCGUGCGCGCUGCUGCAUCCUCAUCCCCUCCGCUACCUGCUGCUCUCUGCCCCGGCCGUAGGCAGCGUAGCUGAGGCGCCCAGGAAAGCGCAAGGCGCGGAUCUGGGGACCCCCGGCGCCCUUCCGGCGCUGCAGCCCACGCUAGGCUCCCAGCCUUGGGAGGAGGGCAAGGGGCCGGCGUCGCGGCCGGCAGGCGGAUGCACCUCCUUCAGCAUCGAGAGUAUCCUGCAAGGGGUCCGGGGAGCUGGUACAGGCGCCGCGCAGAGUCUGCCCCCGACCCCGUGGGGUUACUGCCACCUGCUGCAGCGCCCGUCGUGCCUGUUGCAUCCUCAGGCCGCUGCCCCCUUGCUCCACGUCUCCGCCGCCGCCGCAUCCGCUGCCCGGACGAUUUUGCAGCAGCAGCAGCGGCAGCAGGACUCUGCCAGCGGCUGCGCUCCCAGCAAGGGCGCUCUGCUGGGCCGGCACCUGUCCGCCACCGCGGCGCUCCUGGGCUGUCAGCCUGGAGUAGAGGGCUCCAGGCUGACGUCGCUGGUCGCCCUUUCGGGCGGAGAGGGGACCUCACCGGCCUUUUGA